AUGGAAGGGGAGCCCCCAGCGCCCCGCAACGGCAGCCGGCCCCCCAGUGCGAACGGGAGCGAGGGCGAGGCCGUCCCGGCGGGCAACCUCACCUGCGCCUACUACCAGCACUCGCGGGCCGUGGCGGCCACGCUCAUCGCCCUCUACGCGCUCAUCUUCCUCCUCUGCGUGGUGGGCAACGCGCUGGUCUGCCUCGUCGUGCUCAAGAACAGGCACAUGCGCACCGUCACCAACAUGUUCAUCCUCAACCUGGCCGUCAGCGACCUGCUGGUGGGCAUCUUCUGCAUGCCCACCACCCUUGUGGACAACCUCAUCACGGGGUGGCCCUUUGACAAGGCCACUUGCAAGAUGAGCGGCUUGGUGCAAGGCAUGUCAGUAUCUGCCUCCGUUUUCACACUGGUGGCCAUUGCUGUGGAGAGGUUCCGCUGCAUCGUGCACCCUUUCCGCGAGAAGCUGACCGUGCGCCAGGCGCUGCUCACCAUCGCGGGCAUCUGGGCGCUGGCGCUGCUCAUCAUGUGUCCCUCGGCCGUCACGCUGACCGUCACGCGCGAGGAGCACCACUUCAUGGUGGACGCCCGCAACCGCUCCUACCCGCUCUACUCGUGCUGGGAGGCGUGGCCCGAGCGGCGCAUGCGCAAGGUGUACACGGCCGUGCUGUUCGCGCACGUGUACGCGGCGCCGCUGGCGCUCAUCGUGCUGCUGUACGCGCGCAUCGCGCGCAAGCUGUGCCAGGCGCCCGCGCCCGCGCCCGCGGCGGAAGCGGCGGCGGAGGGCGGCCGCGGGUCGCGCCGGCGGGCGCGCGUGGUGCCCAUGCUGGUGGCCGUGGCGCUGUUCUUCACGCUGUCCUGGCUGCCGCUCUGGGCGCUGCUGCUGCUCAUCGACUACGGGCAGCUCAGCGAGCCGCAGCUGCGCGCCGUGGCGGCCUACGCCUUCCCCUGGGCGCACUGGCUGGCCUUCCUGCACAGCAGCGCCAACCCCGUCAUCUACGGCUACUUCAACGAGAACUUCCGCCGCGGCUUCCAGGCCGCCUUCCGCGCCCAGCUCUGCCAGGCGCCGCGGCACGCUUACUCCGAGAGGCCCGGGCGCCUCCUGCGCCGGCGGGCCCUGGUGGACGUGCAGCAGCAGCCCAGCGACUCGGCGGCGCUGCGGUCCGAGUCGGGCCCCAGCAGCGCGGGCGCCACCGGGGCCCCGCCCAGGCCCGGACGCCUGCCGCUGCGCAGCGGGCGAGUGGGGCACCGGGCUGGGCUCGAAGAGAGACCCGGCUGCAACCAUCUGCCCCUCACUAUCCCAGCCUGGGAUAUCUGA